UUGCAGCCAGCCAGCCAGCCCAACAAAAACACACCCUUUUUUCAGUUAUUUUUACCUUUCUUUCUUCUACUUCAUAAUCUCUUCCUCUCCCAUAUUUUCUUGUUUCCAAAACAUAAUUCAAAAACUCAAAAUAUAAAACAUCAGAAUGAAGAAAAAGAAAAGCAAGAAUAUUAUCAUCGCCAUCAGUAGCAGCAUUAGCCUACGGCGGCGCCACCACCCCCACCCCCACCUCCACCAGCCGCUGUUUCAGUUCUUUUACGCUUUUUCUUGUUUCCUUCUUGUUUUCUUCGUUGCUUUCUCCCUUCUCGCUUCUCCUCCUCCGAUCACCGACCACCACUCCUCGCCAUUGUCUGAAAAUAUUGUGAGCACAGUGACAGUUGGCUCGAGUUCUGAUGUACAUACGACGUCGUUUCUUGUUCCGGAAAAUGGAGAGAAUAAAGGAGGUGAUAUAUGGAAAUCAAGAUUAUCUAAAUUUUACUUCGGUUGUAGCAAUGCCACCCUUAACUUUUCAACUGCUGGGGUGAAAACUCACGCUGAUCGCUACUUGCUGAUUGCUACAAGCGGAGGCUUAAAUCAACAGAGAACAGGGAUAACAGAUGCUGUUGUUGCAGCUUAUAUUCUGAAUGCUACUCUUGUUGUUCCAAAACUGGAUCAGAAAUCGUUCUGGAAAGAUUCUAGUGAUUUUGGUGAAAUAUUUGAUGUGGACUGGUUCAUAUCCUUCCUCACAAAGGAUGUUAAAAUCAUCAAACAGCUCCCGGUGACGAAUGGGAAAGUUAUUGCGCCUUAUCACAUGCGUGUCCCAAGGAAGUGUACCCCAAAAUGCUAUCAGAAUCGUGUUUUACCUUUGUUUAAUAAGAAGCAAGCUAUACAACUUGGGAAAUUUGAUUACAGGCUCUCAAAUCGGCUGGACGUGGAUUUACAAAAGCUGAGAUGCAGAGUUAACUACCAUGCUUUAAAAUUUACUGAUCCCAUUCAUGAAAUGGGUAAAAAGUUGGUUGAAAGAAUGCGAGUGAAAAGUAAGCACUUUAUCGCCCUGCACUUGAGAUUUGAACCUGAUAUGCUUGCAUUCUCUGGAUGCAAUUAUGGAGGUGGAGAAAAGGAAAGGACAGAACUCGGUGAAAUUCGGAAGAGGUGGAAAACUUUACAUGAUAAAAACCCCGACAAAGAACGAAAACAAGGAAGAUGCCCACUGACUCCUGAGGAAGUUGGUCUUAUGCUGAGAGCAUUGGGUUAUGGAAGUGAUGUUAACAUGUAUGUGGCAUCAGGUGAAGUCUAUGGAGGUGAAGAGACGCUAGCACCGCUCAAGGCACUAUUUCCAAAUUUUUAUUCAAAAGAAAGGUUAGCUAGCAAUGAUGAGUUGGCACCAUUUUCAUCAUUUUCUUCUCGCAUGGCUGCACUAGACUUUAUUGUUUGUGAUGAAAGUGAUGUCUUCGUCACCAACAACAACGGCAACAUGGCUAAAAUACUAGCCGGGCGAAGGAGAUAUUUUGGGCACAAGCCAACAAUUCGGCCGAAUUCUAAAAAGCUUUACAAAUUGUUUUUGAAUCGACAAAACAUGACAUGGGAUGAAUUUGCUUCAAAAGUUGGCACACAACAGAUUGGCUUCAUGGGGGAGGCAAAUGAGGUGAAGCCAGGCAGGGGCGAGUUCCAUGAAAACCCAUCAUCUUGCUUAUGUGAGGAUUCCGAAGCAAAGGCUCGAGAAGAUCCGAACAUUCUGACUCAUGCCGUGGAUGAUCACGCCACAGAUUAUGAGCAUGAGCAGGAUUCGUCUGAUACAGAUUAUUUGGAGAAUGGACGCGAUGCUCUAGAGAAGGGUGAUUUGUACAUAAGUACCUUACCUAGGACAGACCAACCAGAACUAGAGGAGUUGGUCUCUGACUAACUAAUGAGACUGCUCUCUCACUGACCAAAUGCUCUUAGCCAAACCAUUUUUUUUUCAUCAGGAGAAGGUGCUCCUUGUAUAUAAUUAAGGACUUGGCGAAUAAGCAGGUUCCGAUGACAGAUAUUUGUAAAUGAUAGAGAUUAGAUGCGCAUGGAAGCACAGCUUCCUGUAGCAAAGCUAUUAGUAGAUGUAAAUUUUAUUGAUUCUUGUUUCCGUAAGGCGAGAUUGGUAUAGAAAGGGAACGUGAAACUUAGUAAGAUAUAACUGAUGUAAUUUUUACAUUCUUUUGAUAGAAAAUUAUUUCUUGUAACAAACCUUGUACACUAAAUAAUACAGAUAGCGUUAUUAUAA